GGUUUUGAUUUACUACAGAGUUUAUUUAACACAUCCUUAACCCUUUUAUUAAUAUAAACAUGUUUUAAGACCUUUCCAAGCAAAGUAGACCCAGAUCACAAAGCUCCUGCAUAAUCUUUUAGACCAGGGUCUGCUUUGGUUUUGAUUUACUACAGAGUUUAUUUAACACAUCCUUAACCCUUUUAUUAAUAUAAACAUGUUUUAAGACCUUUCCAAGCAAAGUAGACCCACAUUUACAGCCAUUUCUCGGUAACAAGCUGGUAGAAUUUCAUGAAACUUUAAAUAUGAAACAAUAUACUGGGAUGUCCAAUAUUAAUUUUUGAUUGGUCAACUUUCCUUUGAGUUAUCGCCCUUGAUUUUUUGAAAAACCCGCGUUUACAUCCAUUUCUCAGUAACUAGACAGUAGAAAUUCAUGAAACUUGAAAUAAAUAUGAAGCAACAUACUGCAAUGAUGCCUGUUAAAAGACAUUUGGAAUGGGUAAUUUCUAUUAGAGUUAAUCUCUGUGAAAUGAUGUUCUUGUGUUUAAUUACUGUUCAAGAACUAUGCAAAACUGUACUAGAACAGUAACUGAUCACUUUUAAGAACAGUUGUACUUGAACAGUUCAAGAACACUUUUUAAGAACAGUUCUUGAAUUUUUUAAAGGCUAUUGUUGUUCUAAUACUGUUCUAUAUUAAAGUCUAGCACAAUAUAAGAACAGUUCAUGAAUAGUGUUUGCACUUAAAAUGUUCUUGAACUGUUCAUAAAGACAAGUUGGCACAUUUAAAGAUUAGUUUAUGAACUUUUAUGUUCUUAAUAUGUUCUUGAAAUGUUCUUUUUUAAACAAUUUGGCACAUCAUAGGAACAGCUUAUGAACAUGGCAAGUUCUUAAAAUGUUCUGCAUAUGUCUUUGAAAGGAAACUUGUACAAAAACACAAGUUCAUAUGAACUCGGCGCUCUGACAAAACGGGUCUUACUUACAUCAGAGAAUGAUGUUGACUUCAAUUUUUGACGUAUCACUCCUAGUGCAACACAAGAAAGUUACUUAAAAACAGCAUGGCCAUACCUAUUAGGCAUGGGAACUACGUAAGAACGGUCGUUAUCAUCAAUGUGAAGAUAAACAAGCACUUUCUUCAGGUAAGUAACAUCCACCACUGAUAGAAGAUCUGAUUGUCUUACAGUAAUGUAAUGGUUUGGGAGUCUAAUUCCAGGUGCAUAUUAGAUAUAACUGCAUAACCAAUGUCCUGAAACAAAAUGAAGUAUCUGAUAGUGCCUAUUUUAUCAUCUGCAUACAAAACAACACUACAAACUCUUUUCUCCAUUCUUCUAUACUGCUUUGAAUGAAACAUUUUAUCAUUAACUAUGACUCUGUCAACUUUUUUUAAAUUCAGAAAGGCACCAUGAUCCUGAUUUAGAUGCUGAACUACUUCAUUCUCUACUUCUUCAAAUUUUACAGAGCAAACAAAAAUCGAUGGGCCAAUGCAGGACCUCCACCUCACGGGGUUGUGCCAACCAAAGGUGCCGUUCACAUAAUUGCCAGUCGGGGCUACGUUGAUUUCGUGCUUCACGACCCCAUUGCCGCUGAUCUACUAAACUGGACUCGAAAGACGUCGGUUCCUGACGAGACUUUCUUCUCGACGAUCAAUCAUAAUCCGUCUUUAGGAGUACCGGGAUCGUACAAAGGCUUACCAGAGACGGACGGAGAUAUUAAGCCAUUCCUUGCCCGCUACAAGAACUGGGGCGAACGAAAAUGUCAUGGGAAGCGGGUGCGGCUCGUUUGCGUCAACGGGGCCGGCGACCUCCCUCCCUUGAAGGACAAGCGACAUCUAUUCGUGAAUAAGUUUCAUCAGGAGUUCCAUCCCCUGGCAUACGAUUGCCUGGAGGAGUUGUUGUUCAAUAGAACUAGGGACGGUCACCUCGGACUAAGGAUCUUCAAUUCAACCUUUUAUACUAAUCUCGGAUUUGUGAAAAAUAAAGUUGGCCGCUGAUGUUAUGUGAGCUUUUUUGCUUUAUUCAUGGUUUGAUUGAGCAAGCGCUCGACUGUUGAAGCUUUAAACUUUUAAAUUGUAUUGAUAACACUAUUUAAUCUUAAUGCUAUCUUUUUUGUUCAACGUUAAGGAUCUCCUAAUGAGUGCCUUGUAUGUAUGCUUUGACCCUCAAGUCAUUUAACACGAUUCUACUUACACGAAUUACUGCUUUGUUUGUCCCUGUUAUUCGAUUUGUAUCAUCCCAUCAAACUGUUGCUGCACGAUGGUGGAGACACACAACGUUCUUAUAUGUAAUUAAAAAUGUUUGAAAAGAUACUUAAAAUCUGCUUGCUAAGGCAAGGAUUUUUGUUCCUUGUGAGACAGCUUGAUGAUAUCGCAGAAACACAUUGAAAUACGCUCGUACUACUCAAACUCAUAUAUAAGUGAUUUGGUUUUCAUUUUUUGGUUAUUGAGGUCAAUGCCAAGGUCCACAAUACCUAACAUUGGAAAGCAGUUUUAGCUCUAUCAAUGUAUCCAAGAAUGAUGUGCAGUGAUUAAACACACACAAUUCUGCCCAUUGUCUUGAAUGCAAAAUGUACGGCUGCAUUUCUAAUUUAUUUUUACCUUCAUCAGUGUUCAAAGAUUGAAUCAAAAUUACACGUUUUAACUGUUUAGUUUACAUUCCGCUUUAGGAAGGGUGUCCGCGUUUGCUUGCAUUUGUUGAGGAUAUUGCCCUUUUUGUAUAUGAUCAUUACAGAGUAUUUUCAGUUAAUUUAUUAGUUUAUUUGAUUAUCGAGUGACACUUCAUUGACUUCCCCAAUGAGGCUUAUAUGUUUAAUUUUGAUAUAUUGUUGGGCAAAUGUGAAGUUGAGCGCUUGUAUACUAGUACUUACUUAGUUUUCACUGACCAUGCCUAUGCAGCCAUUUAGAUAUUUUAGCAAUAACAUUUUGCGAUAUGUGUGUAAUGGUAUUGUGGUCUCAUAACAUUGCCUCAAUGUCGUUGCCUUUUUUGCUUAAAUCCUCGAAUACGAUUAUGUUAUAGGAUAUUGUUCAGGUAGUUUCCUUUGUUUUUUUUAAUAAUAAUAAAUAGUAUAAAACGUU